AUAACACCUUCGUCGAGGCAAUCGACAAACAGUCAUCGGCAGGUUGCCAACAAGUGAAGACGCGCUCAGUUCAGCGAUACGAGAAGAAGAAAGAACGCAAGCGCAACACGCAAGCGAGAAUAACGGUGCUUUGUGUUCAGUCGAUUUGCUUUUGGAAUAAGGCAGUAGGCGAGGAACCUGAAAUAGCAUUCUAGCAGCAGUGAGCAAAAAUGGUGAAUUUCGUGAUUUUCGGCGUACUUUUCGUGACGAUAUUGGCAAAGGCUAAUUCUGAAGAGAGCCUUUUCGAGCAAGACUUGGGCGACCAGUUCAAGAUCGAUCCCUCGACUCAUGGGCUGCAGAAGGUUAACCUGCGCUGUGGAGCGGACUCGAUGCGGAUCGAACUGAAGACGGAAGAAGAUUUCACCGGCGUCAUGUAUACCCGGGGUAGCUUCUACAAACAGUCGGAGCCAUGUUUUGUGAAACCGAAACGUGCCGGAAAGUCGCUGGAGAUGAAGUUCAGUCUCGAUCAGUGCCAGACCAUCAACAAUGGCGAUGUCUAUUCGAACAUUGUGGUAGUGCAGCACGAUCCCGAUCUGGUGACACCUGGAGAUGCUGCAUUUGCGGUCGAAUGCGACUUCCGCAAACCGCGAGGAGUGACGGUAAAUGCUGAAAUUAAAACAAGAGAUAGCACACCAACACCGACAUCGCGAAUUACACUGACAAGUCCUGAUCCAUCGACACCCACGCAAGAUCACGAUGAACACAAUUCGGUUUUCAGUGAAACGGAUACCGUUUCCUUUAUACCAAGUCUCUUGGCGAACCAAACUGUGCAAGAGACACGGGUUAAAGGUUCGGUCGAGACGGUUGAAAUUUCAUCCAACAGGAUCACUGACGAACUUUGAGCAACUUUCAACAACCGAAACACUAAGCUUAAUAUCACAAUUAUUUAUUUCGUAGAUACUUAGUACUACUUUAACUUAUUCCUUCUAUAUAUAUGAGAUAAUAAUAUUUCUUUCUCGUGUGAUUUCAGCCCAAUUUCUCAGAAAAUUAACGCCACACCUUCCCGACCGGGAUAUCUUUAAGCGUUUCUCACCAAUAAGUUACAUCUCACAUUGCCAAACUAGACUGAGCACUAACGAUAGCAUAACUUGUAAAAGUAGUGCAUGCAAACGACUCAUCUUACCUAUACUGACGACUAACAUAACAUCGUAUCCACCUAUUUAGAGUAGCAUUGCAUUAACUAGCAAUUACCACCUAACCUAACCUAUAAAUUACCUAACAGUAGCUGACCUAGUGGUGCAAACUGAACCAGACAGCGUACAUCAACAGCUGUUUUGUUGAUUGUUUUUUAGUAUUUUGUUCUAUAGUUUAGUUGACUACUAUACACAUUAGGCGUUAACCAAAUUACCGUCACUGUUAUAAGUGAAUCGAAUGUGCGAGCGAUGAAAAUGACCACUAUUGGGUGAGCGAGAAUGUACGCACGCACGCGUUAUUGCGCUUGAAUGAUUGCGAAAAACGUUGUUGUUAAAUAAAACAAAACUGUAAUU